AUGCCUAGUUCAAUGACUCUGCAGGAAGAAUCAGAUCAUUUCUCACCAUACCGAACAGAUGGAAAGCUAUAUGGUUUCGUCUGCGUGGUCACGGGCGCAAACAUGCCAGUUGGAGCUGCCAUCGUGACAGAACUGGCCGCACACGGAGCAGCCUGUAUAUAUGCAUGCGCCGCAGACGACCAGCCUUCUAGUCUUCAAUCGGACCUGUCUAAACGCUAUCCAAACACUAAGGUCAUUCCCUACCCGUACGACAUCUCCUCUGAACAAGACACGCUCGUCCUCAUUGACGAAGCCCUCAACGCCUGGGGUCGCCUCGACGCGUGGGUCUGUUCCUCUGGCCUGUUGGGCCCGCCUUCAAUAGACCAGACAACACCGCAAGAUUUGCAGAAAUGCUUCGAGGCCAACAGUCUCGCACCGUUCUUCGCCUUGAAAUAUGCGCCCCACGCGAUGCAGAAGACCGCGUCAAAGGGGAACUAUCCCAACGCGGCGCCGAAAGAUCAGCGGUAUGGAAGUAUCAUUGUUGUGACAUCCACAGCGAGCACGUAUGGAGGAUGUUGGGGACCGUGCUUUACAAUGAGUUGCCACGCUGCCCUAGGCGUCGUCCGCUCGGGUGUCGCGGUCCUGAAGGGCACGGGCGUGCGCAUCAACGCCAUCUCCCCCGGGCAGAUUGAUGUCGGGGUCAGCCUCAAUGGUUUCGACGCAAAAUCUACUCUGAUGGGAUACAACACUCAAUUACCUCCUGCAGCUCUCCAAAGCCCGACCGCACAGAAGAACAACAUUGGACUCGAAAGGGCGGGGACACCGGCAGAGGUUGGAAGGGUUGCUGGCUUUUUGGCCUCGGGUUUUAGCAGCUACAUCACAGGGGCGAAUAUGGUCGUGGAUGGAGGAGCCAGUGUCAUGUGUCCGUUGAUGGUGCCCAUAUAG